CGUUAGUGACGGCAGAGGAAAAAGAAAUAUAAUAGAAAACUGAUUUUCCCAAGGAAUUUUCCUUGUCAUUGAUUGAGAAAUUUUGCAAAUCUAUUGUUAAACUAAUGAAAGAAGUGAAAAAUAUUUGAAGUGCCUUGAGUAAUUCUAGAAAAUAGCAAUUCUGUUAUACUGAAAUUUUUGCCGAAAUCAUCAAACUUAAAUCACUGUUCUAAACGUGAUCCACCGACUUUCGUCCCUGUUUUGAUACGAACAGACCACUAUGUCAUCAUCGACAACGACAAGUGGUGGUACAGCGACAUCUAACAGCACUGGAACAUCAUCGUCGUCGGCAGCAACAGCGGUCGGUCUUGUUGCCAAUUCCUCAACAGCUUCAACAGGCACUGCCAAUAAUAUGUCUGCAACUAAUAAUUCGUCAGCAAAUACAGCAGCCGCAGCAGCUGCUCGUGGCCGCAAUGGCAAUACAUUGCAACCAGGUUCACUACCAUCCGCAGCAUCGGGAACUGGAGCAACAAAUGCUGCUGGUGGCGGCGGUGGUGGUGUUGGAUCUUCAGCAAAUUCCUCAGCGGCCACAACAAGCGAAGAGACACGCAAAGAUCCAAAACCCAAUCCGAAAAUCUCCAAAGCUUUGGGUACAUCAGCCAAGCGCAUACAAAAAGAACUUGCCGAGAUCACGCUGGAUCCACCGCCCAACUGUAGUGCCGGUCCCAAGGGUGAUAAUCUCUAUGAAUGGGUAUCGACAAUUCUCGGACCACCCGGCUCCGUGUAUGAGGGUGGUGUUUUCUUUUUGGAUAUUCACUUUUCACCCGAAUAUCCCUUUAAACCUCCUAAAGUUACGUUCCGUACACGUAUCUAUCACUGUAACAUCAAUAGUCAGGGUGUUAUAUGCUUAGAUAUAUUAAAGGAUAAUUGGUCUCCAGCAUUGACCAUCUCCAAGGUAUUGCUGUCAAUUUGUUCCCUGCUGACUGAUUGUAAUCCUGCCGAUCCUCUGGUUGGCAGUAUUGCCACUCAAUAUUUACAAAAUCGAGAAGAACAUGAUAGAAUCGCUAGACUGUGGACAAAGAGAUAUGCAACAUGAUUUCCUAAAUUGUCGUAUAAACCAACCAACAUAUGUUGUAGUCGUAAGGAAAACCUCAAAUAUAAUAACAAACAUAAAUUUAUUAAACUUUAUAAAUAUGCAUAAAUCAUACACACACAACAACAAACGAAACAAAACAACAAAUAAUUGCCCUCUCUAAAUAAGUACUACAACAAUAAUAAAUGGAAGCAAAACAGCCACAAGAAAAGGAAAUAAUAUUAGAAAGAAAACUGCAGCAAUCAUUGCAUAUAAAUCUAUACCUAAAACCCCCUCACACACACACACAGAACACAAUUUGAAUGAGUAAGAAAACGAAUUAUUGUAUUGCAAAAAAAAAAAAACAAAAAACAUAAUUUAAAAAUUGAAUGUAUGCAAAAUAAUGCUGCAAGAAACAAAACCUAUAUAUAAUUUAAAAAUAAAAAAAAAACCUAACAACAAAUUAUUAAAAUAAUAAUAAAACUAUAAGAAAAAAUAAAAAUUAUUAUUAAUUAAAAUUAAAAAAAUAAAAAGAAAACAAAAAAUAAGAAAAACAAAUAAAAAUGAGGAAACAAAAUUUAUCCUAAAAACACAA